UCGCCUCCUCUCUUUUCUCUUCUCUUCUCGUCUUUCCCAUCUCGCGGCGGCUGCGUCUCUCUCUCGAUCUCUCGGCGGCGGCCAUGGCGGACUACCACUUCGUGUACAAGGACGUGGAGGGGGCGAGCACGGAGUGGGACGACAUCCAGCGACGCCUGGGGAACCUGCCGCCGAAGCCGGAGCCGUUCAAGCCGCCGGCGUACGCGCCCAAGGUCGACGCCGACGAGCAGCCCAAGUCCAAGGAAUGGCUCGACGAGCGGGAGCCCGACGAGCUGGAGGAUCUCGAGGACGACCUCGACGACGACCGCUUCCUCGAGCAGUAUAGGAGGAUGAGGCUUGCAGAGCUCAGGGAGGCAGCAAAGGCCGCGAAAUUCGGCUCUAUUGUGCCUAUCACUGGCUCUGAUUUUGUCCGAGAGGUCUCCCAGGCCCCAUCCGAUGUCUGGGUUGUGGUCUUCCUCUACAAGGAUGGAAUACCAGAAUGUGGGUUGCUUCAGACUUGUCUGGAUGAAUUGGCUACAAGAUACCCAGCAACUAAGUUUGUUAAAAUCAUCUCUACAGACUGCAUUCCCAACUACCCAGAUCGAAAUGUCCCUACUAUACUUGUGUACAAUAACAGUGCUGUUAAAGGGACUUAUGUCGGUCUGCAGAAGUUUGGUGGAAAAAGAUGCACACCUGAGUCUGUUGCAUUGGCCCUUUGCCAGUCAGAGCCAGUCCUGAAUGAUGGGCAGAGCGGCGGUGAUUCAUCCCGGGACAAUGUCAUAGAAGGCGUUCGCAGGAAGUUCAUCGAAAAGGUUGUCGCCCAGCAUGAAGAGCGGGAGGAAGAUGACGAUAGUGACUAAACAUACUCUCCUAGUAUGUCUCAGUUCACUGAUACUAUUGAUGAUGUGGGUCAAGUUUUGCCUGAGAUCACUAAUUGUACUCAUAUUUGGUUCUGUUCUGAAAAUGCUGAAUUUUCUCUCUACGAUGAGCUGCAAAAACUCAGGUUUAGCAGCAGCUUGUUGUGGUACAUGUGGUAAAUUGGUAAUGUAUCCUGGUGUUCCUUGUAUUGAUUGUGGCACUUUCAGCUAAAAUGAAAAUGGAUAAAUUUCAUGGAAAGUUGUCCAGUGCAA